GAGGGUUCCCCAAAAAAAUCAAAUAAGAAAUUCAACUAACCCUAAACUCAUCCAUUGAUGCAUGAUGAUAUAGCAGCAUUACCCCCAUCCUCUCAAGCCCUAGCAGCCACCUUCAUCCCCCUCCUCUCCAUUGGCCAGAGGUUGCUGUAACAGGCCGGCAUCGUCAUAGCCGCCGUCGCUCGCCACUGUCCCUCACCGAGCUCACCGCUCCCACUUCUCUCCUCGCCGGCUCGCCUCUCCGGUCUCCGGCCUCUGCUUACCUCGCCGUCCCUCACCUUCCUCCCUCGUCGUCUCUCUGAAAAAAAACGGUGAACUAUUUAGGUCCAUGAACCAGCCUUAUAUGGGCCGGGGUAUAGCUUGUUUAAUUCGCGGACUUGAAUCAUCAUUAUUGCUAUAUGUGUGAAGGCUAAAGGGGAGGAAGAUGAAGACAAUUUCUGGAUAUUGUGUUUCGUCGAAGGAUAUAUCACUGUCGAAAGCGGCAAAAAUUCUAUCGAAGUUUGUCUCUGCUGAGAACGGUGCCUCACAUGCCAUCAAUGCAUAUCUCCACAGGGCCUCUGCUGCUUUCAGUGAGCUGAAGCAGCUCCACAAGGAGGUUAAAUCUUCCCACUCACAUAAGAAGAAGCACAGGAGACCUGGAACUGAAGAGGAUAAUGUUGACAAUGGGAGAGUGGUUGAAAUUUCUGUCGGGAAUGCCAAGCUGACCCAUGAUGGGAGUGCAGUGUCUAAGAGCAAGUUCAAGAGGCGUCUCGAAAAGAACGAUGAUGUGAAUGAUGAGAAAUCGACUCAAACUGCUGUUGAAUUCGAUCAAGAACUUAAUGGUUCUUUAAGGGAACAUUCACGACAUUCUGGCAGCACUGAGAAGCAUAAGAAGCAUAAAAGCAAGAAGCAGAAAAUUUGAGAUCAGAGGUUGAGUUAUGUGAUCCUCCUUGAUCAUUGUUAGAAUUUGAUGGAUUCAUAUAAACAGCCCUGCAAUUUUGACCAAGAAAUACUUUUGUUCUAGAUCACAACCCCAAAGAUGAAUGCUAACAGGCUACUUGGCUUCAAAGAUUGUUUAUUACCAAAAUGAUUGGAGCUUGUGCUAUGAAUUGUUUGAGAGCUCCUUUGAUGUACCCUUUGUAUGAAUAGUAGUCAUUACAGUUCUAAAAUGUCAUUAUAGUGCAAAAUACUAAAGGGGUAUUCUGAAGGGGUAUUCUGAUUUUGAUGAAUUUUUUUCUCGUUUUUAAUCUAUAUUGUGUAGUUGAGGUUUCUUUAGAGUCAUUGCUACAAUAAUUUCUUUGAGACCCCCAUUCAAUAAUAGAAUAGUGUGUAUUGACUCAA